AUGUGAUAGGCUGUAACCUAGCAACAAGGUGUGACAUGAAGGAGCAGAGAAGAAGAAACAGACUACAGACAAGAAGAGGAGAGAGGAAGAGAACAAGUCAGAGAAGAGUGAAAAGAGGAAAGGAGGUUCCGAAGGUUUGAGUUGCAGAAAGAGGCCUUGAAAAAUAGUGAAAAGUAGAAGAAGAAGAGGAGGAGUAAGAAGAUGAGCAAAGGAGGACUCGAGGAGUAAAAGGAAGACUGGAUAAGUAAGACAAGAAGUCAGAGGAAUUUAGGGGUAAAAGGAGGAUUGGAAGCAUAAGAGGAAAGAUUGUGGAUUUAAGGAGAUGGAUCGCAGUGUCAUCCGGCUGACUCACUGUCAGAAGGAGAUCUUCUGUUUCUCUGUGCCAGAGGAGUGUCCGAGCUGUGGGGAGGAGCUGAGGGGGAGCAGACUGCAGGAGGCGCCAGUCAGCCUUCCCUCUCCCUUCAGCAACGGACACAAGAGCUCCUGCUGCCUGCUAGUCGCACCUGCACAUGACAAUCUCAACAGGGAGUUUGAGGGGACGUCAGAUCUGCACACCGGCAUCUCCAACACUGCAGGAGUUGUGUAUAACUACACUCGUAGUGGCGUUCGUAGAGAUCAGAGUGGAUGGGAGCGUUGCAUCAGUGUUCCUCUGGUCCGACCCGACAUGUUCCACCUGCUGGCUCAGUGGGACCAGUACCUGGAACGCUUCUCUGAUGGAUCCAUGUGGGACCCUGCCUGGCACAAGUUCCAUGAGGAUGACCAUAAUUGCUUCAGCUUCUGUCUUCAGUUCAUUAACAGUGUCCUGGCAGCUGAGGGCCGGAGCUCUCUGAGCAGAGAGACCUUCACUCACAGCUUCAUCCUGCCCAGGAUGAGGAGGGUCUCCAAAUACACAACGCUGUACAACCACAUCCAGAGACACCAGUACUACAUGGUGGACAGACAGGAGGACAGACAGGAGGACACAGCAGAUAAACCCAUCAGUUCUGUCUCAUGAAGGAGGGUUAAAUGACACUGGUCACAGUUAAACUGAUCCUCCCCUGAUCUCUGAUCAGCUCUGACCUGUAUUUCCACAGCAACAGUUUCAGACUUCGGUUCAGCUGAGGAUGAAGGAAGGUUCCAGUCCACGUGUGAACUUUGAAAUGUUCUGCAUUGCACUUACAAUAAACUUCAUGAACAUCAGAAACAUCCUGUUUAAAUGAUCCAUCGUCACAGCAGAGUUUCUUUCUUUGUUUUUGUUCAUUUUUCCUCUCAAGGUUUGUCUGAACAUCCGUUUGUUGUUAAAUGACCUGUUUUCUGUUCUGUGAAUGUGAUCUGUGCUUGUUAAACCAAAUUUCACUCUGUUUUUAGAAACAGACUGAUCCUGGUUCAGUUUGUUAGACUACUUGUAUUUCAAAGACCUGGAUAGACAGUAGGUUUGUGCUCAUGUGUAAUGAGUAUGUGUGAUAAAACAUGUAGAAUAAUUAAGUCUAUAAGCUUUAAAUGUAUAAAUAUAAACAUAUAUAUGUAUAUAUUCUGUGUGUGUUUGUUGGGUUAAAAACUUAAUGAGAGUUUUGUGAAGUCUGUGUGUGUGGUGUAACUAAGAAAAGGCUCUGCAGUGUCAUCAGCCUUCAUGAGAUGUCUGAGUAUCAGAGCAGAUGAACACAUGUACAGCAUCCAGCCUGUCCGCUCCCUAUUAAAACACACUGGACCGAAAGUUGACUGCAGUUCAGCUAGGGGGCACUCGCGAGGUAGUCCGCAAUGAACUUCAUGAACAUAUACAUGUUUAUGGCUUCUACUGUUUUUUUAUAUUAUAUAGCGUUGUUUAUAUUUAUAUUUAUUUUGUUAGGCAAUUGGGCUUGUACUGGGACUGGGGAAACUAAUUUCGUUCCACUCAUGUUCUACGUGUGUGAAAUGACAAUAAAGCUCCUUGAAUCCUUGAAUCCUUGAACGGGAGUGAAUGGAGCUAAGUGGGUAAAAUAAUUACUCACACUUACUUACAGACCAAAACAUAACCACAAUAAUAGAGUUUCGGUUUUGUGUAUCAUAGUCCUUAUGAAUUUUCCUAACGAUGGCUACAGCAGAUCUUAGAAGCGAGUUUAAAACAAAACGCAAACUUGUGCUUGACUGAUGCGUGAAACCAAAAUGGCCAAUGCUGUAAACUGGCGCGUAUACCGCGUAUAUAAAUACUGAAAUAAUAAUUCAAAAACGUGAGAAAUUUUUCAUCUAAUACAACUGUAUCUAUUGUCGCUGCCGCUCAUACCAUAAAAAUAAAGAGAAUUAGCA